AUGGCUGAAAUCACUAUUGUAGAAGAAUAACAAGAUGCUUUUGAAUUUGAUGAUGAAUUUGAUUUUGAAAAUUUAGAAAUGCCAUAAUUAGUUAGAAGAAAUGGAAUCAUACAUACGAAUGAGGAAAUUAUGGGUUAUUAUAUUUUGGAUAAACCUGCUGAAAAAAUAUUUGAAGAGGAACAAUGCCCAAUUUGUUUAGAGUCAUCAGAAUAGCUAUAUCCUUUAAAAUGUGGUCAUACCUAUUGUUAGUAUGAUAUAGAAAAAAUGAUGGAAAUCUCGAAAUCUUCUUAUGGUUUGCUGUAAUGCCCUAUAUGUAGAGCAUACUAAACUCUCGAUUCAUUUGAUGAAGUUACGAAUGUGAAAUAAGGAAAACUUGAGAACUGUCAAUAAGCAUGUCAUUGA